AUGGAUACAAAGGAGAACUGGCUGAAUACAGACAUCAUUCAUAGGACAUUCCAGGUCACAUUCCAGGAAGAGCCUCGUUCUGUGCACCAGCUGCAGUAUAUGUCCUGGUCAGACCAUGGGGUUAUCAGCAAACCUGACCACAUGCUCACCAUGGGGGAAGAAGUCCGCAUCUCCAAGGAUUUGCCCCUGGACCCCUCUGAGCCACUGCAGGGGCCUGUCCUGUCCCUUGUCACUGCGGGCUGUGGGAAGACUGGCAUCCUGUGUGUGGUUGAUGACCUGAGGCAGCUGCGCCUGGCCCAGACAAUCCCACCUGCUUUCAGCCUCUUCCAUGUGGUCCUUGAGGUGCGGCAACAGUGGCCUGCGGCUGUGCAGACAGAGGAGCAGCACAGAUUCCCGUGCCACUCCCGCACACUCCAGAACGCCAGCCCCCACUGGCAGAACCUAAAAGGGCCACGUGAAGGACAGUCCAGGUUGGCGGACGUACGGUUCUCAGAGGCCGGCGUGAGCCUCUGUGCCUCCACCAAUGUGCUGUUGUGGCAUCGCAGCCGUGCAGUCCUCCAUACCUACACUCUGCCCUCCUCACCUGCCACUUGGGUCCCGUCCCUCUGGCACAUGACUAAAUGUGAGCACCGGAAACCCUGCGUCCUCGGUGCGGCCCGCCCUCGCUUCCUUUCCCGGGCCGCGGCGGGGGUCAGGCAGGAAGGAAGCCCGCCACGGGCGCGGCCGCGGAGCGUGCGCCCUCUCCCGAUCUCCGUCGGGCCUCAGUUUCACUUCCUCUGCGCUCCCCGCGGCGCGGCCAGGAGCAUCUGGGUGCCCGGGCCCGCGACCCUCUCCAUGGCGGACACCUACGCGGUGGUGCAGAAGCGCAGCGCCCGGGCGGGCGGCGGGCCGGGGGCGCAGGCGGGCGGCGGGCCGGGGGCGCAGGCGGGCGCGCUCUACAGCCAGGUGGCGCCGCGCGCGCAGCGGCCCGGGGCGCAGCCGGAGAACGCGCGGGUCCCGCAGCCCGGCCGCGCUCAUGCAGACCAAAGCCCCUCUGGGCCUGACGCCUACGAAGAAGUGGCAGAUGGGUUUCGGACUGGUGGGCUUGGCUUCAACCUUCGCAUUGGAAGGCCCAAGGGGCCACGGGACCCCCCUGCCGAGUGGACCCGGGUGUGAGUGCUGCACCUGUUCCCGCCUUGGCUGUCGCUCCACGUGGGUGGUUGGACUGACUUAGCCUCAGUUCGCUGUGCCUUGGGUUGGGAAUGGCACUGCUGGGCCUGGGUCAAAAUAAAAGUUUCUCAGGGUGGGGAAAAA